AUGCAGUGCAUUCUGAAGAAUCUUAAUCUACGUAUCACCUUAGGAAUUCGAAAGCGUACGGCGAAGGGAGAGCCGAUCAUGUAUGACUUGGAAAGCAAAAUCGACCAAGCUGUUUUUCCUGGACUGCAAGGAGGUCCUCAUGAAAACACAAUUUCAGCUAUGGCAGUGGCCUUCAAGCAAGCACAAACAACGGAGUUUUACGACUACCAGGUCCAAGUGCUAAAAAAUGCACAGGCACUCGCAAAUCGACUGAUGCACCACGGUUACGAACUGGCAACAGGAGGUACAGAUAAUCAUUUAUGUUUGUUGGACUUACGGCCUCUUGGAACUGACGGAGCGAGGGUGGAAUUCGUGCUGGAACUUAUGGGAAUCGCCUGCAACAAAAACACUUGCCCUGGCGACAAAAGCGCUAUGAAACCAGGAGGUAUCCAGUGCACGCUCAAAUAUCAGCCCAAUGCUGGAAAACUCUUGAAAGAUUUCAAAGCGUUUUGUCUGAAGGACGAACAAUUUAAGGCUGAGGUAGCAGCAAAGAAAGCUCAAGUAGAAAAGUUUACUGAUCGCUUUGAAAUGCCCGGAUUUGACAAUUUUUAA